CAAUCUUGAGUAAUCUCCAAAGGAAACAUAGAAGUCUCUCUCCCCACCUCCCCGACCUUCACCAGAUGUUUUGGACUGCAGUUUCUAUUAACCCAUUGGAGGGCAAAACAGCUGGAAGGCGGCAGAUUGGGGAAGGUAGCUUGUGAUGAAAAUUCUGUAAUGAGAUCAUUGAAAUCCUAUUCAUCAGGAUGCCCAUGUCCUUGGAGAGGAACAUUCGUGCCUGCUGUUGGCUCCCUCCAGGUUGAUGCUCAGCCCUCCCUGCUUGUGGUGGGGUGGGGGAAUGGCUUGGGUGCUUCCAAGGACAAAGUCUAAGGGGUGGGGCUCAUGGCUGUUUUCUCGGAUGGUUGCCUGGGAGAGCUGCAGUCUCACCUGGUUACUGGUUACCUAAUAAUUCUGAAAGGUCAGCAAAGUGGCUAGAUAUGCUUAUUAUAGCAUGGCAUGACGUAGCAUGGCCUAACAUAACCACGUCUUUUCUGGGCAUGGCACUACUUUGCAAAGCCUCCAUAGCAUGCAGGGAUUGGUGGCAAGGGAAACAUUUCAGUUCCACUGUGAAGGCACAAUGGCUACUCUUGUGGCAUCUGCACAGCGGUGUGAUACAACCUGGUAUGAGCACAGGUUCCCUGCUAUUUCUUUCCAUGAGGUUCCAGUAGCGUUUUUGUUUGGGAAUCACACGUGAGACCGAUGAGGUGGUUCCUUUUCACACAAAUGCCGUGCUUUUUCCUUCUUUUGUCUCUUUGCUAAGCGGUGCAUCAUUUGUACAGCAGCAUCCAUGCCACAGUGGUUUAUAGGGCAUCAUUUACAGUAACCAGGCACACUUUAGUCCCCCGCCCCUGAAAAAAGGGCCUAUUCCCAGCAUUCCCCAACCAGCAUGGCAGGCCAAGGAAAACUGGGAGCUGUAGGAAUUCUUUUCUUGCAUAGGGUUGAGCCUUUAGGCUCUUUUUCAACUGGGGAUGUCUCCAGUUUUGCUGCUCAGUUAAAGGUGUAACUUAUUCUUCCAAUUUUGAUGAAUGGGAAUCAUCAGAAGCACUUAACUUAGGGCAGAUUACAUAUUCUGAUUGAAGCAACUGCUUCAGACCACAAGUAUUCCUCAUUUGAUUCACAAAGCCAUUUCCUUCUUUGCUCUGCUUCCAGAGCUGAUUUCCAAAAGGUGAAAGAGCAAGGUGGCACAUUUACAUGUCUGACAUCAUAACAAAGCAUCAACAAAAUCCCUUCAGCGCUGCCUGCGGGAUGCGCAACAGACCAGAAGCCAAUGCUGAGUGGGAAAGCAGAAGCUGCAGAUCAGAGGUAGACUAGGACAUUCUAGGCUUGGUUGUAAGCUGCACUGCCCAAUUUAGAGUUGCAACCUCUGUGCAGUUAGACACUGUUUUGCUGAGACAAGACAUUAAACAUUUGUUCCGCAACAUGGGCAGUGGGGUCAGCUCUGAGUCUAAAGAAUCAGCCAGGAGGUCCCGGGAACUUGAAAAAAGACUCCAGGAAGAUGCAGUGAGAGAUGCUAGGACAGUCAAGCUGCUGUUAUUGGGAGCUGGAGAAUCAGGGAAGAGCACUAUUGUGAAACAAAUGAAGAUCAUCCAUAAAGAUGGCUACACAGAUCAGGAAUGCAGAGAGUAUCGGUCUGUGAUCUACAGCAACACGCUGCAAUCCAUUCUGGCAAUUGUCAAGGCCAUGUCCACGCUAGGGAUUGACUACGGAAACGCACAAAGCAAAGAAGAUGAGCGGCUGCUUUUGGCAACAGCAGAUUCCAUGGAAGAUGGCACCAUGUGUCCUGUCCUGGCAGGAGUCAUCAAAAAGUUGUGGAAGGAUCCAGGGAUCCAGGCCUGCUUUGAAAGAGCAUCCGAGUACCAGCUCAAUGACUCAGCCGCUUACUAUCUCAAUGAUCUGGACAGGCUAACAGCUCCUGACUAUGUUCCAAAUGAGCAAGAUGUCCUUCGCUCAAGAGUAAAGACAACGGGGAUUAUUGAGACCCAGUUUUCUUUCAAGGACUUGAACUUCAGGAUGUUUGAUGUGGGAGGACAAAGAUCAGAGAGGAAGAAAUGGAUUCACUGCUUCGAAGGAGUCACUUGCAUCAUAUUCUGUGCAGCCCUCAGUGCCUAUGACAUGGUCUUAGUAGAAGACGAGGAAGUGAACAGAAUGCACGAAAGCCUCCAUCUGUUCAACAGCAUCUGCAACCACAAGUACUUUGCUACCACUUCUAUUGUGCUGUUUCUAAACAAGAAAGAUCUAUUCCAAGAAAAGAUAGCAAAAGUCCAUCUCCGUGUCUGCUUUCCAGACUAUGAAGGUCCAAACACCUUUGAAGAUGCAGGGAAUUACAUCAAGAACCAGUUCUUAGACCUUAAUAUAAGAAAAGAGGACAAGGAGAUAUACUCCCACAUGACCUGUGCUACAGACACUCAGAAUGUUAAGUUUGUGUUUGAUGCUGUGACCGACAUAAUCAUCAAGGAGAAUCUGAAGGACUGCGGGCUGUUCUAGCUCUUUCUCCUUUCCUGCUCCUUUUUACCAUUUCUUCUCUCUUUCUCUCUCUCCCUUACGGUCUCACUUUCCCUUGGAUGUUUCCAGUUGAGGCCACAAAUGUAUGCACACUUCCAGGAACACCCCAGUCAGACUUCCUUCUGACUAAACACAGAGAGAAUCAACCUGUAAAAGGAAAGGAUGAGAUGUGGAAAUGAUAUUCGGAACACCAGGGCUUUGGAGCUAGCUAGCAGGACUGGCACCAGCGAUUGGCAGGCCCACAGCCACCACCAGCCCGCAGUGGGGCGCUUCCUUCAGGCUUUCCUGCUGCUGCUGGAAGGAGUACUUUUGAAUGGGGGCUGAGCUGGCACCUUGCUCUGACCCACAGUGGCUUCCCAUCAUUUGCGAUUGCUCCAAAUGUGCUGCGAAGGAAACAUGUCCUAGAAGCAGCCAGACUGGGGUAGGAACCUUUUCUGCACUAGGUCUGGGACUUCCAACACGGUUUCCAUGGGCACCAGCAGGUCCAUAGACUCCUCCGCAGGCUCCCUGUCUUUCCUGUCUUUCUUUUUAUUUCUGAAGUGUUUUAAUUGCUAGCUUUUUAAAACUAUGAUGCUGCCAUGCUACCAAACAAUGUGCUGCAUUCCAGUGGCGCCUUUGCUUUGGUUCAGAAAUUAGCUUUGUAUUUUGGAGCUCAGAUUCCACAUCUGCCUUCUACUUAAGUUAUUGGCCAAGUUAUUUAUCUUUUUGUUUGUCUUCUGGGAUAUUAGUAUUUUGUGAUUGCUUAUAUGACUGUGCAACCCCACUUCCUGUGGUAACCAUUUUGUGACAGCACCCACAACAUGCUCUCAAUAUUCCAAAUGUGUCCCAGGACCUCCACGGCUCUCCAUCCAGGGCAACCCCUAAUGCUGAGCCCACUAGCUACUGUGUUUGCAUUAAAUUGCUUGUUAGCACAGCCAAAUUUGGCAAACUCAGCAGAAAACAGGCACAGCUUUCUUCUUCUCUUGAUGACUUGGUCUUGAAUAUAUCCAUGAUUUUAUUUAUUUAUUUAAAGUUUUUAUAUGCCAUCCUAAUACUAAGAAGUCUCUGGAUGGCUUACAAGAUCAUGCCUUUUGACCCUUGCUGAGAAUUUUGGUUUGCUUUUCCCUAUAGGGAUAGGGAUAUUGCAAUCUUUCUUUUGUCUCAAUUCUGUUAUCUAAAAUACCGUGAUUGAUAUAAACCAACCAGCCCCAAACAUUUCUGUUGGCAGAUGUGUUCACACUACUGCCUCAUGCUCUCUAAAAUGCUGACAUACCAUUUUGAUUGUCAUGUUUCAUUGACAUUAAUUAGGCUUAUGUAUUAAGGGAACAAUCCUAUCAAUGUUAAGCACUUAUACAUCCAAUUGAUUUCAGUGGGAGCUUUCCUAUCAAAAUCCACUUGACUUAAAUGUUGGCUCCAUCAUGUCAAAAUCUGUUUCUUGCAGAUAAAAGAAGUAAAUUGUUCCUGACAACAUUCUUUUUGGAUACUUAAGUGGCAUCACAAGCACUCUGAUAAAAAUGUUUGUGAUACUAUCAAGGGGAUUAAUAGAAUAACAAUAAAGAACAUUUUAGGGAAUCCUAUUGAUUGCAACAGACAAAAAGCAAACCACCCAGAAAGCUAGCUGGCAAAUCUUCUGAUAUCUGUAUUUAUUCAUUUGAAAUGCAAUGCCUUGCAUCUUUAAACAGAAAAUCAAAGCAGCUUGCAUCAAUACAAAUGUAUUCAAAUGCCUUUACCAUACCAAAAGCUUGUUUGGAUAACCAAUUUUUCAUGUGUUGACAAAUGGACAAUGGACCUUGGAGUGAGACAGAGAAAAUGCUGUUUCAUGUUCUUGUAGAUCUUACAUUAGACUGAAAUAUGAAGUAGCAGGUCCACAGAGAGAGACGUGAUCUCUAAGGUGUGCAGAACCUGGGCUUUGAAUUGGGACUUCAAAAAGUUAAAAAUAGCCUCUUAAAUUGAGUUCAGAAGCUUGUAGGAAAUCAGAGCAGUCACUUGAAAGUCAGUGCAGCCAUCUCAGCAAAGGAUGAAUUGCUUCAUUCUGCACAUUUAGUACUUCCUGCACACCCUUCAAGGACAACUCCAGACAACGUAUAUUACAGUAGCCUAUGCUUGAGUUACAGAUGCUUUGACAAAAAUAGCUAAGUCUUUGUUCUCUAGAAAAGGUUGAUGUUAAGCCAUACACAACACUCAACUCUGGCGAACAUCCAACUCUCUGGGUGUAAGGCCAAAUCCAGAUUCACCUGAUCCUCUGUAGGGAGGAAAAAAUUUCAGGGAGAUUUCUCUUUCACAAGCUAAAGAUCCUAGAUCCUUUCCUCCUUCUGGAUUCCCCUUAAAGUGGCUUGUCCCCAUUGGUAGUACCAAAAACACUCAGCAGUGCUUUAAUAGGGCGGUUGCUCUCUGGGAGCGGCUGAGAGUGAAAAAAUGAGCUGGUUGUCAACAGCAUCCAGUUCCCACCUCAUUCUGAAAUUUCAGAUUAUCAUUCCCAGCAGCUUCAUAUAAAGCAGGGUGGACAACACACCCAGCCACUUGUCAGUGUGGCCAUCCCUGGCCACUUUUACAUUUUUGUUUAUGUUUACGUGCAGAAAGUCACAGUUUGGCAUUUUCAGUCUAAAUGUGUCCAUUCUAAGCUGCCACUCUGCCAAAUUUCAUCUGGAAUCUGAGCUUUCCCUCUUUUUUGCAAUUUUGAGAGACUACAACACUUGACAGGUUAGGAGAUGACAAAAAUUGGCAUUUGCAUUGCCAGAAGUUGCCACCCCUCAUCUACAUAUAAAUAGCAAUGCAUUGCCCAGGAACAGCAUCUUUGGUUCCUGAGGUAGGCUAGGGACCAAACAGAGCUGCCCAUCUAUAUAAAGGACUAUUCUGAAUGACCUUUGAACAUACUGAUGUGUCAGUCUAUUGAUGCAUCAACAGGUAUGAACUUGUUCAAAAAUGAUUAUUUCAUCAAAUUCUCGACUACCAGGCUAGUAGAUAAUAGGAAAUCGUACACCCAGCUUGUUCUGUAAAUUGAACAGGCAAUGCAGUGGUAUAGAUUUCCAGGAUUCUGGCAGCCAAGAAGACUGACUGAAGAGUAAAGCUAUUGCAGGUGCUUCAGCAUGCACAUUAAAUCCAUCAACACUGGCAGAUGGAGGAAUUUCAGCAACAGUUCUGCACAUCAAAUUAGCUAGGGCAUAUGCUGGGUGUAUGCAGCAAGGGGAAGGGGGUCCAGAUAUUAAGCUGUUUGCUCAGUGUAUGAUUCAAAAUAUUAGGCUCACUAAUUUCUUCUUACUAAGUUCUCUCUAGUUUCAGUGCAAACACUUUCCCAUGGUUGGUUGGAUGAUGCUUCAGAAAGGGUGGUUUCAAAGGUUCCCAACUAGAACAUCAUGUUGAAAUUGGGCAAUACCUUAAGAAAUGGUGCUGGCUGCAUUUAGUCCAUAGCAAUCCAGUUUUGGAGCCCAUGUUUGCACCCCUGCAUUCAGGGAUGCAGAAUGAGGGCAUUGUGCAUCUUAGACCUCACCUUUAUCCACAUCAGUGCUUAGGCACCUAUCACUGUCCCGAUGUUACUAGAUCACAGCAUGGCAGGGCAUCUAUCAGAGUUAGCCAACUGAUAACUGAGCUAACCAGAGUGGCCCUGCAAACUUCGGAAUUUUGGGUAAAUUCAUGAGGGAGAAAGGGUUAAUAGCACAUGUACCUCCGUAAGAUGACAAUGUUUCUACACCUCCAGGGAGAGGGGAAAGAAAGAGUGGGAUGUCUGAACUUUUCCUUCUAAUUUUAAUCACACUCAAUUAUAGAUAACUAGAAAUAAUAAUACAUUUGCUGAACCAUUUGCAUUUCAUUUGAAAUGACAUCAAAGAAGGCUGCAGAAAAGCUGGGCUUUAGAGAAGAGAAAAACAGAAUAUGCCCAUAUUACCACAGAUAUUACGAAAUAUCUUUUCUGUAUAAUGAGUUCAAAGCACUUGAUUAAAUGACACAAAAAUGGAGCAGAGCUAAAAUCCCUGCUGUGUUAAUAGACGUAACAUUCCCAAAGCCUUAAGCCUGGUUUGCACAUUCACUUCCAUGCGUCGAUUUCUCUGCCCUUGAUUUCUGUCCAUCUAGUAAUUGGCACCUGAACUGAUCACACUGAAAAACAUUACAAUUGAUCUGAUGUGAGUUGAUAUGAGGAUCCUACCUGUGAUUGCAUUUUCAUGCUCACAUCAUCCACAGCAAGUUGCACAUUGGAUAAGCAUCUUGGAGCCAGCCGUAAAAGAGAGGCACACACAUUGGACGAUUUGAUGCGCAUUUGCUCCAAACUUUGUCCCACAGAUCUGACACCCAGAUGUGUAUUUAUUUAUUUAUUUAUUUAUUUAUUUAUUUAAUAUUGAGAUUUAUAGCCUGCCUUUUUCCUACCAAGGGCUCAAGGCAGCUUACAUCUCCUCCUCCAUCUUAUCCCCACA